GUGUACACAAUGACCUCUCUUCCCUUUUCUCACAGCAUGCCAAUUGAGACAAUGGUUUAUUCCUCAUUCCUCAGAGUGGGUGUGAAUACAAAUAGGUCAGUAGCCCAACCCCCUCCCCUUUAACAGAGCAGGCAGCAACAGCAGCAAAGACGGCGUGACGUGGUGAGAGAGCGUAAUGCCACCGAGCCUAGAGCUGCCUUUCAGAGCGAGCUCACAACUCACAGCUCUUCCUUCCGUUCAUCUUCCUCCUCCCCCGUUGCUUUCAUUCCUCUAGCUAGAAGGAGCAGUGCGUGAGAGGCAGCUGAAUAGGGAGGGGGGAUAAGCAUAAAAACCGAAAUCUGAACGAUCUGAGAAACACAGUGGACAGCGGGCAUGUGAAUCAAAGAGGAAGAACAAGAGGAAACGAGGAUAAGCACAGAAAGGGGGAGCAAAGCUGAACGGAGACAUGUAGGCUUAUUUAUCAUUCAGAUGUGAAUCCCAUCUCUGCGUGCCUGCUUUGAUAUACACAACAUGACAGCGGGGACAGUAAAAGGACCCAGGGCUGCAGCUUACUGUCAACUACCGUCUAUCCUCUCUCUUCGGCCAUGAGCAAAAGAAGCAGCACACCACAGCUAAAAUCAAGCCUCUAGGGACAAUGCGCCAAGGCAGAUUGAGAGACUGCAACACCGGAGCGCUCAAACAUGCUCUUGCCAGGCAUGCACGCAUGAACUAGCAGCACAUUUGUGCACGCAUGAGGCAAAAAGCUAGGAUUACCUGGAAAAAUUAAUUUCCCUGGACUGACUACAGAAACCUUACCAGCCAAAGAAGAGGACAAUUUGACAUAUGCUGCAGGAAAAAAAAAAAAAAGUGAGGACAUGGGGCUGUGUGCAUUUAUGAUGUGGCCAAAAGCACCGCAGGAACAGAGACCGAGAGGCCAGUCGGAAUGUGUGAAGACUAAUUUAUCCAGCAGCGAUGAAUACCACAGAGACAAGUUUUUAGACUAAAAAAGGCCAUCACUGGGUAUCAACAAAGUGAUUUAUAUUACUCAUCAACAGGAGCUGAAACCCUGCUGACAACUGGAUUGAAGCGUAACAACUGUCAAGACUAGAAGUGUCGACACCAUGCAGUGGAAACGACGCCACUGCUGUAAACACACAGCUAAACUUCUGUAUCUGCUCUCUCUGCUGGGUGUGCUGUUCUUUCUAGUCCACCAGGUGUGGCUGCCGAGGCUCACUGGUAUGCCAUGGUGGAGAGGGCAUCCUCUGGUGUAUGGAGGUGGAGCAGCUCACACCACCAAAGCCAAAUGGAACACAAGCACCCGCCAUUCACAGUGGAGGUUCGUCAUCAUUCCUCAACAGACUUUCAAGGCUGACGCCAACAUCAGCUCCCGUGAAAAUCAGGGAGUUUACCCAACUCAACCAGACCCAAAUUUUCAGAACGUUCUGGCAGCAAACACAAGCCAAAGAGACGACGCAGACCUCAGCGCCGUGAUAACCCACGGACCGUACCCUUACAUCAUUAACGAGCCUGAUAAAUGUGCAGACAACACAGCUGCGCCAUUUCUGGUGUUGCUGAUUGCCACUGAAGCUCGGCAGGUGGAGGCGAGGAAUGCUAUACGGCAGACGUGGGGGAACGAGAGUGUUGCUCCAGCUCUGGGAUUUAUCCGGCUCUUUCUGCUGGGGAAAAAAGAUGGAGAACUGGGACUUCUACAACAAAGGAUGCUAGAAGCAGAGAGCCGGAGGCAUCAUGAUAUCAUUCAGCAGGACUUCCUGGAUUCUUACAAAAACCUCACCACAAAGACACUGAUGGGACUAAAUUGGGUUGCAAUGCACUGUCCGCACACCAGCUACGUCAUGAAGACAGACAGCGACAUGUUCGUCAACACAGAGUACCUCAUUUUUAAGCUGCUCAGGCCUGAACUGGAGCCCAGGAGGAACUACUUCACAGGAAACAACAUGAGAGGCUACGCACCCAACCGAAAUAAAAACAGCAAGUGGUACAUGCCCCCGGAGCUGUACCCAGGUGACAAGUAUCCCACCUUUUGCUCUGGGACUGGUUACGUCUUUUCUGGGGAUCUCGCAAGGAAAAUCUAUCAAGUGUCUUUACGUAUCCGCCAUCUGCAUCUGGAGGACGUGUUUGUGGGAAUAUGUCUGGCCAGCCUCGGAAUCGAACCCACGCCACCACCAAAUGAGUUCUUAUUCAACCACUGGCGAGUAUCUUACUCCAGCUGCAAGUACAGCCAUCUGAUAACAUCACAUGGGUUUCAUCCCAAUGAGCUCCUGAAAUACUGGCAUCACCUUCAGAGCAACAAGCGAAACGCCUGCAUCAACGCAUUUAAAGAGAGAGCAGGCAGGACACACUUACACAGAGUGACUGGAGAGAAAUCAGCUGAGUGAAAGGACACUGUUACACUCACAUGCUCACUGUUAAAAAUAAAAUAAAUAAAUAAAUAAAAACAAAAUAAAAAGAGAUUUAUAUCUCAGCACAUCCUCUUUUUUGAACUUCAUAUCAAGGGACUUUACUUAUAAUCCAAACCCACUUUAUCCACAACACAAAAUGUGCAUAAAUGUUGGAAAUGUAAAAAUCAAAUCAAGUGCUCUAGCCAACUUUGUACAACAGAGAUAAGAACUAUUUCUACGUCUGAGUCAAACUACUGGAGUUUUAUUUUAUGAAAGAACACGCUGUGCUUCACUGUACAGAAAUAAAGUACUUUUUUGUAAUAAUCAGAGCUACUGUAUGACUUUUAGAUUUCUGAAGCAGACAGUGCAAGUAAACAUCUCCACAUAUUAAACUGUCCAAGAAGUUAUUUUGAAAAAUGGCUGUGACAGGUGACGUGUAAGGAUGCGACAUCAUUACCUACACAGAGGACAUGUAUCCAGUUAUCUGUACUUUGUGCUGAAUUUCUUUGAAACAGUAAAAUCUAUUUAGAAAGAACAGCAGGCAUCUGUUUUUCAAAUGCUGUUACAUACAUAAGCACAUUUAAAAUGUGUUAUUUAACUACUUGACAGACUUUAUGACUCAACUUCCUGUGGAAAACCGUGCUUGUAUACAUGCGUCACAGGUUGAGGUUUUGGUUAGUAGUUAUUGUGCAAAAAGUUAUU